GCGACUACAUUUGAUCGUUCAUGUGCGUCGAAAUUGUGAAUACGGUAUUUCUGACUCCCCUCGAAGGCAGCUUAACAGGUAGUUGUGUUGGAGCAAAACUUUGCAAGCAAGGGUCGAGAAGCAGGGUGUGCUCUGACGGUUAUCACCUCGAAAAUAAGAAUUUUCUGGACAAAAGCACUAAGCAGUGACUUGGAAACUGAUUUUUGAGUACCGUGUUUCUCAAUGGAUUAGAAAGAACCACUUGCAUUGGCUGGCAAAGCUCAAAAAGUGAAAUAAAAGUAAGUGAAAUAAAAUCUUGGUAGUUUGAGCUGUUGCAAAAAGUGAGAAUGGAUUCACAACCUGAAGAAGACCUCACUUGUCCUGUGUGCUACGAAAUCUUCAAGGAUCCAGUCUUUUUGUCAUGUGGUCACAAUUUGUGUAAGGAAUGUCUUCAACAAUUCUGGAGAGGGAUGAAUACUCAAGACUGUCCCAUCUGCAGGAGAAGAUCAUCAAGAGAUUACCCGCCUUGUAAUCUUGCCUUAAAAAACUUGUGUGAGGCAUUUUUACAGAGGAAAAUUCAGAAGACCGCAGGAUCUGAGGAGUCCUGCAGUUUACACAAUGAGAACAUCAAACUUUAUUGCCUGGAGGAUAAAGAGCUUCUUUGUUUGGUGUGUAGAGAUUCACAAAAACAUGUCAAUCACACAUUUCGCCCCAUCAACGAAAUAGUUUCAUCAUACAAGAACAAACUCACUACUGCACUGAAGUCCUUAAAAGAGAAGCUUAAACAUGACGAAGGAAUGAAAGUGGAGUACAAUAACACCAUUCAACACAUCAAGAAUCAGUCUCAAAAAACCAAGAAACACAUUAAGGAAGAGUUUUUGAAGCUUCACAAGUUUCUCGGAGAUGAGGAAGAAACUGCACUUACCGCACUGAGGCAAGAGGAAGAUGAGAAGAGUCAGAAGAUGAAGGAAAAGCUUGAGACGAUAAACAUGGAGAUCUCAGCUCUAUCAGACACAAUAAAAGACACCGAGGAAAAGAUGAAAGCAAACGAUAUCUCGCUUUUACAUAAGUUCAAGGACUUAAUGGAGAGAGUGAAGAUCUCACCUCCUUACUCAGAGAUGGUUUAUGGAGCAUUGAUAAAUGUGGCAGAUUACCAAGGCAACCUGGCAUUCAGAGUCUGGGAAAAGAUGCAGCAACAUGUCCAACACACCCCCGUGAUUCUGGACCCCAACACUGCAAAUUCCUAUAUUAUCCUUUCUGAUGAUUUGACAAGUCUGAGAUGCAUCAGGAACCAACAACUACUUCCUAAAAAUCCUGAGAGAUUGAAGUAUACCUGUGUCCUGGCUUCAGAAGGUUUUAACUCAGGAACACACUGCUGGGAUGUGGAGACUGGGGACAAUUUCAACUGGAUUAUUGGAAUAACCACAUCAUCAAACCCAAGGACGAGAGAUUUUUUUAAAAAUAAUGUCUGGUGUUUGUGGCAUAGGGAAAGUAAAUAUUUCGCACAAUGUCCAGAGAGUCCCAACACUCCCUUAACAGUUGAGAAGAAGCUUCAGAGGGUAAGAGUGCAGCUGGAGUGUGACAGAAGAAGAGUGUCAUUCUAUGAUCCUGUGACUAACAGAUGUCUAUACAUGUUGACAACCCCCCCUACAGAGAGAGUGUUUCCAUUCUUUUAUAGUUCUGAUGUCCAUGCUCUAAAGAUUUUACCAGUUAAGGUGGUUGUAAAAGUGGAAAAAUCACAAUUAUAUUAAACUGGUCUCUGUUGGAUCACACAGUAAACUGGCCUGUGGUGCUGGUUGAUUUAAAUUUACUGUAGUUGGUACCAUGAUGUAUGUUUGUGUAAAAAUUAAAUGUGUAUUGUUAUGAAAACUAUUUCAUUUUCACCAGCUAUAGUAGGCGAUUAAGGUUAGAGCAUGAUUGCUCAGUCAUAUUUCCAUGAAAAAUAAAUAAAAAGUUAUCCACAGUGGUACUAUA